AGCACAUGUACGACUUGUGAUGACUACAAUCUUUGUGAAAUAUGUGCUGUUACAUACACCCACAAGAAGCACAAGUUCAUAACUACAAGCAAGUCAAAAAAAUCGCUUGCUAGACCAGGCAAUGAGGAAAGUCUACAAAAGCACCCAGGUGUGACCUGCGACGGCUGCUUGCAUGCCGUAUAUGGCAAACGCUACAAAUGCGCAGAGUGUGAUGAUUAUGACUUAUGCAGCGUCUGUGAGGGUGUUGGACUCCACGAUAAUCAUAAAUUCUUGGUGAUUGAAAGACCUGAUGCUAGGAUAUCAACAGCCGAGGGGAUCGGCUAUCAAGUUAUUCGAGAAAUGGUGAAACAAAAAGGAGCAGAGAAAAAGUUUUCAGCUGGGGAUGUUGUUUACAUGACUACAAAUCCGGAAAAAGCAAAGGAAUUACAAGAAGGUCAUGGGGGUUGGAAUGAUCAAAUAUCUCGUUGUCUUGGGAAAAGAGGAGUUGUAUCGGAAAAGGUAGCCCACGUUUGGAAAGUCAGAUUUGAUAAUGGAAUGAAGUGGUCGAUAAACCCAGCCUUGUUAUCAAAGAAUCCGGAAAGAGGUGCAACAUCUGGGAAGUUCAAUAGAUAUGAUAUCGUGGUGAUCACCUGCAACGCACGCACACUACAACAGAAACAAAUAGGACAUGGUGGAUGUAAUGAAAAAAUGUUAAAGGUUAUUGGUGUGAGAGGAAUUGUGCGUGAGGUGGAUAGUGAUAAUGAUGUUGUUGUGGAGUUCAUCAACAGCGACAAAUGGUGUCUGAAUCCAGAACUUCUGACUAAGGUGGAUACAUCUAAAGAAGAAAUCAAAUCGGGAUCUUUGGUCAUCAUCAUAGAUGAUUAUGAAAAAGUGAAAAAACUUCAACAAGGACAUGGCGGUUGGGUUUCCCAAAUGAUCGAGGUCUUGGGACAAGCCACUGUCGUUAAGAGAGUCGUCGGACAACGUGUUGUGGUAGACUACAAAGAUAAGGAAUGGGUUUUCAACAUGAAAGCUGUGGUACUCGUAGCAUCAGAAGAGGAAAUGCUCAAAGUGAUGUCCGGUGCCCGAGCCAGGCAAAGACAUAAACUCGACAGUGGUAUCGCAGGGAUGCAAGCGUUACACGUGACACAAAUGAAAGUCAUAGAACAAGCAGAAGACUCAGAUGAUGGGGACGAUUGCACCAUCUCAUAAUUUUUUUAUUUAUUUUUUUAUUUUUAAUUGCAAAGUAUGAGACUACCCUUCAGUAGCGUUUGGCUUAGCUUCUUAAAAGAUACUACUUCGUUACUUUAGGACCAACAUCUACGCUCUGGGUAUGCGCACAUAUUUUCUGACAAGCAAAUGUACAUUAAGAUGCAUUGACACGCUAGCAGGAAAUAUAUUAAGAGGAGCAAAAAUCGUAAUAUUCUGA